GCCCUCUCCCUCCCCGUUUCCGCGUUUGAAUAAAACUUUCCCGGGCGGCCCGGAGCGCGCGGAGGCCGCGGCGGCGGCGGCAGCACCGGGCCCGGGGCCGGCAGCGGCGGCGGCGACCUGGCGGCGGCGGAGGAGCGGCCGCGAGAAGCGCUGGGCCUUGCCGGGGCGGGCUGCGGCCUAGUCGGGAGGUGGCGGUGGGGGGGGCGCAGGCCUCGCGGUAUCCCGCAGGCCUCGGGGGGGAUCCCGCCGGCCUUGAGGAGGUGUCGGCGGCUUUUUGGGGAUCCCCAAAGCUUUUAAGGGGUCCCGGGGGUCUUUGGGGGCGUCCCGGCGACCCCACAGCGCGGGGGGAGGGGGCGGCCGAGACCCCACGGACGCUGUGAGGGGACCCCGGGCCCGGCGGCGCUUUUGGGGGUUCCCACACGCUAUAGGGGCGGGGGAGACCCUGUGGGUGCAUUUUUGGGGGGCUCUGGGCCGUAUAAAGCCUCGGGGAGGGGGUCCCAGAGCCCUGGCGACCCUUGGAGGGGUUUCCCUACACCUCUAGACCCUUUUGGGGGAGGUCUUAGGCCCUCAUCAAUACCUGAGGGGGAUCCCAAGUCUCUGCAGGCCCUUUUGGGGUGCCCCCGGCCCGUAUAGGGUUUUUUGGGGGGUCGUGCCCCUCAGUUCCCCUCAGGGUCCUCCACAGGCCGCGUUUUGGGGGGGCUUUGGGGGUGUUUGUAGGGGAGCAGCCUAGGGGUUGGUUUUUGGGUUUUUUUUUUGAGUGGUUUUUUUUUGAGGGAGUUGUUUGGGGGGUAUUUUUGGGGUGUUUUUUGAGCCUGAUUUUGGGGUUUUGCUGAAGCUGUUUCUGGGUGUUUUUGAGGCUGUUUUGGUGGGGUUUUUUUUUGAGGUUGCUUUUGGUGUGUUCUUGAGAGUGUUUUUCUGGGUUGGUUUUUUCUUUGGAGGGGAUUUUCGGGGGUCUGGCGGGCAGCACGCGGAUGUCCCGGGCCGGGGGGGGUCGCGGGGGUCCGUAGGGUCGGGGGUCGCCCCGGGGGCCCGGCCAUGGCCUCGGUGCCCGUGUACUGCCUGUGCCGCCUGCCCUACGAUGUGACCCGCUUCAUGAUCGAGUGCGAUGGCUGUCAGGACUGGUUCCAUGGCAGCUGCGUGGGGGUGGAGGAGGAGGCGGCGGCGGAGAUCGACCUGUACCACUGCCCCCAGUGCGCCGUGCUCAGGGGGCCUUCCGUCAUGAAGCGGCGCCGUGGCCCGGCCAAGGCCCCGGAGCAGGACCCCGGCCGUCCGGCCCGGACCGGCAGUGCCCAGUUCAUCCGGGAGCUGCGGGGCCGCACCUUCCCCAGUGCGGACGAGGUGCUGCUGCGGCCCAGCGGGGCCCAGCUGACCGUGGAGUACCUGGAGGAGAACAGCUUCAGCGUGCCCAUCCUGGUGGCACGGCACGAGGGGCUGGGCAUGACCCUGCCCCCCCCGUCCUUCACCCCCCGCGACGUCCUGCACCACGUUGGAGCUGACAAAGUGGUGGCCGUGCUGGACGUGGGCCGCCAGGCCGAGCUGCGCAUGCGCCUCGGGGACUUCGUGGCCUACCUGGGGGGACCCCGGCGCGAGCGCGUCCUCAGCGUCACCGGCCUGGAGUUCUCAGACACGCGGCUGUCGAACCUGGUGCAGACCCCGCGGAUCGUGCGGAAGCUCUCGUGGGUGGAGAACCUGUGGCCGGGGGAGUCGGCGCGGGAGCGGCCGAGCGUGCAGAAAUUCUGCCUGAUGGGGGCCAAGGACAGCUACAGCGACUUCCACAUCGACUGCGGGGGCACCUCGGCCUGGUACCACGUGCUCAGGGGUGAGCAGAUCUUUUACCUGGCGCGUCCCUCGGCCGCCAACCUGGCGCUGUUCGAGGCCUGGAGCAGCUCCCGGAACCAGCCCGAGCUCUUCUUCGGGGACCAGGUGGAUCGGUGCUUCCGGUGCCACCUGCGCCAGGGACAGACCCUCUUCAUCCCCACAGGCUGGAUCCACGCUGUGCUGACCCCCGUGGACUCUCUGGCCUUCGGGGGGCACUUCCUGCACAGCCUCAACAUCGGCAUGCAGCUCCGGGCGUAUGAGCUGCAGCGUCGCCUCAACACCCCUGACCUGGCCAAGUUCCCCAAUUUUGAGACCAUCUGCUGGUACGUGGGGAGGCACCUGCUGGACACCUUCCGAGGGCUGCGAGAGAACCGUCGGCACCCCGCUGCCUAUUUGGUGCUGGGAGCCCGAGCCCUGACCGGGGCCUUCCGAGCCUGGACCCGCCGAGAGGUUCUGGCAGAGCAUGAGCAGGAGAUCCCCGAGACCGUCCGGCCGGGGCAGCUGAUCAAGGAACUGGGCAGGGAGAUCCGGUUGGCAGAGGAACUGUUCCAGCAGAGCACGGGGAUGUCGGGGACCCCCUUUGGGCCCCCCUGGGGCGUUCCAGCCCCCAAAAAGGGGGGGCUCCGCAAGCCCCCCCCCAACUCCCGCCCCCCUGACGAUGGGGGGACCCCGAACCCCCCCCCAGUCCCCCCCGACCCCUGCUCCCCCCCCAGCUCUCCCCUGGACCUGGACUCGGAGGAGGAGCUGCAGAUCGACGAGACCCCCCCGCGGCGGGGCCCGCGCCGCCUGCCCCGGCUCCCCCGGAAGCUGCCUCGGGCCAAGCCCUGCUCUGACCCCAACCGGGUGCGGGAGCCGGGGGAGGUCGACUUCGACAUCGAGGAGGAUUACACCACUGACGAGGAGGACGAGGGGGGCGCGGGGGGCAGCGCUGGGAUCCUGGACCUGCUCAAGGCCAGCCGGCAAGUGGGGGGCUCCGAGUACCCCCGGCUCCCCCGGAAGCUGCCUCGGGCCAAGCCCUGCUCUGACCCCAACCGGGUGCGGGAGCCGGGGGAGGUCGACUUCGACAUCGAGGAGGAUUACACCACUGACGAGGAGGACGAGGGGGGCGCGGGGGGCAGCGCUGGGAUCCUGGACCUGCUCAAGGCCAGCCGGCAAGUGGGGGGCUCCGAGUACCCCCAGCUCAGCGAGGCCCCCGCCUCCCCCAGCACACGCGAGGCCAUCCAGGGCAUGCUCUGCAUGGCCAACCUCCCUGCAGGGACCCCUCUGGGACCCCCAAACUGGUGGGGAGGGGGUGGGGGCACCGAAAGGGGGGGUCCUGGGGGGUCUGGGGGACCCCGCAGAGCCCCCCCUGCCCCCCGGAGCACCGACAGCGAGGCUGAGGGGAGCCUGGACGAGCAGGACAGCCUGGGGGCCUGCUUCAAGGAUGCUGAGUACAUUUAUCCCUCACUGGAGUCGGACGAGGACGACCCCGCCCUGAAAUCGCUCCCCAAAAAGAAGAAGGUGACGGACGACGCCCCCUGGAGCCCCAAAGCCCGGGUGACGCCGUCGCUGCCCCGGCAGAGCCGCCCGGUGCGGGAGGGGACGCGCGUGGCCUCGGUGGAGACCGGGCUGGCGGCAGCCGCUGCCAAACUGGCCCAGCAGGUGAACUGGGAGCACUGGGAGGAACUGGGAACACUGAGGGGGGGCACACACGUUUUGGGGGUUCUGGGGUGGUUUGGGGAGGUUAUGGGGUGGUUCUGGGGUGGUUUUGGGGGGUUCGGGGGUGGUUUCGAGGGUUCUGGGGUGGUUUCGGGGGGUCUCUUUGAGCUCUGUCCCCCCAAUCCCGGUGACAUUCCCGACCCCCCCGCAGGGAAGCGCCCCCGGAAGGGUUUGGCCACAGCCAAGCAGCGCCUGGGCCGGAUCCUCAAAAUCCACCGCAACGGGAAACUGCUGCUCUGAGGGCGGGGCCGGCCACGCCCUGCCAGGCUCCGCCCACCGCAGGCUGAACGAUGAACUAUGGGCGGGGCUGGUGCAGAAAGGGGCGGGGCCUGAUGGAGCCGUGCCUAUCAGAACAAGGUUGUGCUGGCUAAAAGGGCGUGGCUCUUUUUAGGCUCCACCCCUUCAGGUGUUGCUCCACCUGACCCCUCUGAGGCCACACCCACAAUGUGGAUUCAGAUGAGACCACACCCAUCACGGCCCAAGCCACGCCCAUUGGUAAUGUAGGGUAAAACACGGGCGUGGCUAUGAUAAUCCACGCCCACAUAGAUACAGACCACGCCCACAAAGGGUGGAGCUGCAUCCCAGCUCUUCCCACCACGGUUCCCACCUUCCCAUUGGCUGUGGAUGGGCUGGGGGCGGGGCUUUCUCGUUUCCCGCCUCCAGGAGCUCAGGCGAUUGGACAAGCCCCGCCCCACAGCUGCGGGAGGGGCGGAGCCAUCUUUGAUUGGUCUCCACUGGGUUUUUUUGCCCCUCCCCUAGGUGUCUUCAGGUUGAUUGAUGGGGCGGGGCUGCUUCCCAUUGGCUGCCCCUGUUUUGUAGGCGUGUCCUGAGGCUGCGGCCCCGCCCCCCUCCUUUUGUAUUUGU